AUGACUCAUUUACAAGCUGGUCUCUCUCCUGAGACCCUGGAGAAAGCUCGCCUGGAACUCAAUGAGAACCCAGACACGCUGCACCAGGAUAUCCAGGAGGUGAGGGAUAUGGUCAUCACCAGGCCGGACAUUGGCUUUCUGCGACCGGAUGAUGCUUUCAUCUUACGCUUCUUGCGGGCCAGAAAAUUUCAUCACUUUGAGGCCUUCCGUCUCUUGGCCCAGUACUUUGAGUACAGGCAGCAGAACCUCGACAUGUUCAAAAGCUUCAAGCCACCUGACCCUGGCAUCAAGCAGGCACUGAAGGAUGGUUUCCCUGGGGGCCUAGCCAAUCUGGACCACUAUGGCAGGAAGAUUCUAGUCCUUUUUGCUGCCAACUGGGAUCAGAGCAGGUACACACUGGUGGAUAUUUUGCGUGCCAUCUUACUUUCUUUAGAAGCCAUGAUUGAAGAUCCUGAGCUCCAAGUAAAUGGGUUUGUUUUGAUCAUAGACUGGAGUAACUUCACCUUCAAGCAAGCCUCUAAGCUUACACCAAGCAUGCUGCGACUAGCUAUUGAAGGCUUGCAGGAUAGCUUCCCAGCGCGAUUUGGAGGAAUUCAUUUUGUCAAUCAGCCGUGGUACAUCCAUGCCUUGUACACUGUGAUACGGCCUUUCCUGAAGGAGAAGACUAGGAAAAGGAUAUUUUUGCAUGGCAACAACCUGAACAGUCUACAUCAACUAAUUCACCCUGAGAUCCUGCCCUCUGAGUUUGGAGGAAUGCUGCCCCCUUAUGACAUGGGAACAUGGGCAAGAACACUGCUAGACCAUGAGUAUGACGAUGACAGUGAAUAUAAUGUGGACUCCUACAGCAUGCCUGUGAAGGAAGUAGAAAAGGAACUCUCUCCCAAGUCCAUGAAGAGAUCCCAAUCAGUGGUGGAUCCCACAGUACUAAAACGCAUGGAUAAAAAUGAAGAAGAAAACAUGCAACCUUUGCUUUCUCUGGACUAAUAACUUUCCCACAUCUGCUCCAUGGAUUAGAAAAGAAAGGUAUUGGUUUUCAGCGACAGGGACAGAACUAUGAAGGAAUACUCAGCUGGAAGCCUAUUUAUUCACGUUAAUGUAGCAUAAUAUAUAAUAAGGUAUCAGGCUUUCCCAUUUGCCUGAAUCAUGGGUGUCCUGGACUGGAUUUAAAAAAAAAAAAGGUCGGUAAUUUAUUCUGUAAGUGCCAUGUUCUUUGUAAAUACAAUGUAAUAUUCAUGUCAAGUUUGUAAAUUUUGGUAGUAAUUUAAUUUGGGAAAGAUUGACUCAAAAGUUCUAGCCAGUGAUAUGAACUGUAACAAAAAGCAGAAAAGACAAACUAACAAAGCUAAUUAGAUGUAACUCUGUUUUCUAUGAAGCCAUAUUUCUGCUAUCAUAGUGAGUUGUUUCAUUGUUUUUCUCUGAAAUUAUGUCAGUAUUCAAACAUACUUUGAAUGGGCACAGGGAACUAAAUAAUUCUAAGAAAUUAUCAUGAUAAAUGCAUUUCUAUUUAGUAAUUUUCAUUUCAGAGAAGAUGUGUUCUAGAACCAUCACUGGCUUUGCAUUUUGGAGACAAAGAGUAAGCAGAUGAGCUGGUGAACUUAACAGUUGAACUCUUUUAUGUUGUUGCUUAAUUCUUGAAGCUUUGUGUAAAUAUAUGUUUCCCCAGUUAAGACG